ACUUAGCUUUGGUGAGCUAACAAACAAAGGCAAGAUACGAGUACUGAUGUUUAAGUACUGAAGUAUGUACAGGGAGAUUUGUUCUCUUUUCGCAUUGUCUAGACUUUCUCGAAGAUUUUAGUUUUUUGCUGCAGUAGCAAAAUGGCGACAGGGACGCCAGCAGAUGAAGGUGAUAUUCGUAUUGAGGAAGACGAUAUCUUGGAUAAUGGUAGUGAUUUACUUACUUCCACGGAUCACAUGAGUGAAGAUCCAGAUAUGGAGGCUUUAACAAAUCGCAUGAAAGAAAUUGAAGAGGAGGCUCAAUUAAUACGCCAAAUGCAAAGUGAUGUUGAAAAACAGAUGAAUAUGAGCACCGGCAGUAAUACUUCCCAAAGUGUGGCGUCGAUUGAAGAUAAAAUUGAAGCAGACAGUAGAUCUGUUUAUGUGGGAAAUGUUGAUUAUUGUUCGACUGCAGAGGAAUUGGAAGCUCAUUUUCAUGGGUGCGGUUCCGUAAAUAGAGUAACAAUCUUGACAGAUAAAUUCACUGGUCAUCCAAAGGGAUUUGCUUACAUUGAAUUUGCUGAUAAAGAAGCUGUUCAAACUGCUCUAGCUCUUGACGAAUCGUUGUUCCGAGGCCGGCAAAUCAAAGUUUGUGCCAAACGAACAAAUCGGCCUGGUGUAAGUACCACAAACCGACCACCGCGUACACGUGGCCGUGGAGGCACACGUGUAAUCGUGAAGUACAUCUAUGCCGGUUAUCGGGCUAGGCGGCCGCCAAGGCGUCGUGGAGUUUUCGCGCCAUACUAAACAUAGUGUUGAUGCUGUCUGAAUGGGCAGGAAAAGCAUCCAGUCAUACCAUUGUUUAAAUUUGGCGUGUAGGACGUGGUGACGUCUUUUCGUUACAAUCUACUACCCAUAUUUUUCACAUUUUGUUCGUUUGUUGUAUUUUAUGCAUUAGCUGUUGCUGUUUUCGACAUUUUACUUUUUGAAUCUUUUUCCUCCUUGAGAGAUCUGAAUGGCUUCCGGUAUGAUUUUAAACUAAGCUGUUUAAAGUAUAAUGAAAAACCAUUACAAUUUACAUCAAAUUCGGUAUUAUUUGGUCUGAUCUAGCUGCA